AUGCGCGACGGUCGGUCAUUGCCACUCUUGCUUUGUUUUCCACACACAUUUGAAAGCACAAAAUGGGCAAAGACGACAAGAAGGCGAAGGACGCAAAGCCAGCUGCGGGCAAAGCGCAGGCUUCAUCAUCAUCAUCAUCAUCAUCAUCAUCAUCAUCCAAGCAUGCUGCUAGCGAUGCCACACAGUCGCAGGACUCCAAGCGAACUGCUGGGUCGAAGCAGCAGCAGAAGAAGAGCCUGUUCCACGAGGAGGACGACCACGACGACACGAGCGCGCCCGCCGCGAGCCACUUUGCCAAGCCAGCCCCAGGCAACCAUUCCAGGGCCAAGUUCGGCAAUGGUGCUGGUGCUGGUGCUGGUGCUGGUGCUGGUGCUGGUGCUGGUGCUGGUGCUGACCUUCAACACUCGCUUCGCCAAGGACUAUGAGCGCAAGAAGGCGCGCGAGGAGCUCAUGCAGCUGCGACAGGUGGUCAAGUCAGACAACCGCGGUGGCAGCAGCCAGCAGCAAGCAGGCGAGGGCGAUUACGAUGACGACGAGGACUACUCGGACAGCGAGAGCGACGAGAGCGAGGACUCUGACGGCGAGCUGCUCACAAGCUCCCUGGACAAGAAGAUUUUCGAAACCUUGUCGCUGGUCAAGGCCAAGGAUCCGCGCAUCUACCAGAAAGAGUUCAAGUUUUUCAGCCCGGAAGACAUUCCGGACGAGCCGGCGGCCAAGUCGACCGACGACGCUCCCAAGAAGAAGAUCACCAUCAAGGACGUCGAGCGAGAGCAGCUGCUCACGCGUGGCGCGGAAGCCUUUGGCGAGAGCGACAGCGAAGAUGAGACGGUCAAGCGCAAGGAAAAGCUCGCCCGAAACAACCCUCGCGCGUACAAUGCAGAGCAGGAGGCGUUGCGCGCAGCUUUCAUUGACGCCGUGGAUGGCAACAGCGACGGCGACGAUGAGUUGACGGGUGGCUUGUCCAAAAAGUCGGGCAAAAAGAGCAGCGCCAACGACAACGAUAAUGGCAGCGGCGAUCACGACAAUGGCUUGCUUCGACCUCGCCGGAAAACGCAAGAGGAGGAGGAGGCCGAGUCGCGCGACUUUGAGCAAUGGCUCAAGGGUCAGAAGGAACUUGAAAAUCAGCAAGCCGUCGGCGAGCUGCAGACGCUCAAACGCUUCUGGUCCGAUCCCAAGCUCGACGAGAAGGAUCGUUUCUUGCGCGACUUUCUGCUUGGACGCGGCUGGCUCGAAAAGGGCAAGGGCCGCGUGCCCACAUACGACGAGGUCACCAGCGGCAAGCGAAAGGACAAGAACGGCGGCAAGGCGUCCAAGAAGAACAAGGGCGAGGAGGACCUGGAGAUUGACGACGACGAGGACGCCGAGCAGUUUGAAAAGUCGGAGGCGUUCGAGGCCAAGCACAACUUCCGAUUCGAAGAGCCAGGAAGCAGCACGAUUAUCACGCACCCGCGCAAGAUUGAUGACUCCAUUCGCAAGCGCGACACUGCCGCUGCCGAUGCACGCCGCACCAAGAAGGACACUCAAAAGUCCACAAAGGAGCUCAAGCAAGAGCAACUCCGACGCAUGCGAGAGCUGCAGCAAAUGUUGCUCACGGAUCAAGACACGGCGUCCAAGCUCAUGAAGGACCUCAAGAUGACCAAGAAGGAGGCCAUGAAGGAGACUGCCGACGAGGAGGCUCGCAUGAAGGCGCUUCUCGACUCGUUGGAUUUGGAGGCUGAUUUCGAUCCCAACGAAUACGACCGCAAACUCAGCGCCAUUUACAACGACGACUUUUACAGCACACGUGUCAGCAAAUCGCAUGCACCCGCCUUCAAGCAGCUUGAAGAUGAAGACAUGGUUGACUAUGAUGAGGUUAAUCCAGAGCUGGAGACCGCAGCCCCCAAGCCGUCCAAGCAAGACAAGCAAAAGAACAAGAAGGAAGAGGCCAAGGCCGCCGCUGCUGCACCUGCUCCUGCCGCAGCACAACCCAAGCAGAAAAAGACUCCCUUCCUUCAAAUGCUGCGCGGCAAGCAACGGCCCACAUUCGAGCAGUCUGGUCUUUCUUACGGAGAUUACAUUGACAAGUACUACUUGACCGAGUUUGAAGAUUUGGUGGCGGGCAAGCCAACCUUCUUCAAGUACCGCGAUGUGCCAGAGCAAACGUACGGCCUCGAUGCCGACACGAUCUUGCUCGCCGAGGAGACCGAGCUGAGUCAAUGGGUGCCUCUUCGCAAGGUCACUGGUUACCUGGAUUCCGAGAAGGAGGCCGAUCUUCAGCACAAGCUUGAAAAGCGCGGCAAGCACCAACGCCAGUUCCGUGAAGCCUUCCCAAGCUUGUCGAAAGCGGAAGCAGAGUCGGAGGAUGCCCCAAAAAAGAAGUCGAGCAAGCGUGCGGCCGAAGAUGUUGCCGAAGGUGACACCAAGCGCGUUGCCAGCGAACAGUCCGAAGCGCCAGCUCAAGAAGCCAACCGCCCGGCGAAGGAUGGCAAGGGCAAAGACGCCAAGGGCAAGGGUAAAGGCAAAGACAACAAGGGCCAGGAGGCCUUGCCAUACAAGAAGUCCAAGCUGGGUCGCGCUCUUCGUGCUAUCGAGAAGCACCGCACAGCAGUUCACCGCACUGUCAAGGAGAGCUCUAGCAAGCCAGCACCGAUGGACGAGUAA